AUGCAACAUAUCGAAAACACCCACGUCGAAAGCACCCCCAUCGAAAAUAAUCACUUUUAUAAAAACCGUAAUGAGGUUCAGGCGAGAUCAUUCUUCAAAUACUGGUUGGAGCAUACAUACCUUCCCAGAAAACGAUCAUUCGCGGAUACGAAUGUGACGGUAGCCAGUGCGACCGUAGCAUAUAAGAAUGAAUCAGAGGCUGCUGCGAAAUACUAUGAGGAGAACAAGAUGCAAUACGCGGGGGAAAAGCUGAGAAAAGUGUUGCAUAAAUUCCGUACCGUAAACAAAUACGCUAGUCCGGGCGUCGUCGUGCGAGGUCUUAGUCUAUGGAACAAAGAAUGCCGGCUCCAUAGACACAAUGGAUUAGUUGUACGAGUUUUGUCGUCGUGCGCUUGGCAUCCUGAGAAAGACAUAUUUACGGAAAUUUACCAAAAAGUAAAGCGAGAGCGCGCAGCCAGCGAAAAGAAUGAGAAUACGCGCUUAAUAAAGGAAAAUAUCGAGAAAAUUAUUGAGCGAUGUAUCGAAAUGGAAAAGUCGUCUUCUUGCAGUGAGAGAGAUAAGGCGGCUUAUAUAGCGGUGAGGACGAUCUUAAAAGAAAUAGUAGAAAAGGUGAACAAGAACAAGUACAAGAUUCACCCAACCGAUCCGCUAGCUUCUGGGGUGAUAGACUUGACGAAUUUUGGCGACUCCCAUAUGAGUCAGCUGCCUGCGGACGUAGUAGAGUUGUUAAAAGAAAACGACUCUUUGAUAUCGGGGGAAGUCGAUCUGCCACAGAAGAUCCGAAAAUUGCUCACCAAAUUUGUAAACACAUAUGAGCAUUUGAUGGGGACUGAAUUUCGUCUAAGAGAUAUGGAUGGAAUCAGCUACCCACGUGGCAUUCAAGAUCCUCAGUACAGGGCAGACGCGGGGACGGUAUUUGGGGUGUUAAAUGGAUUGCGGGAUAUCUGGACAUGCACACCAAACUUGGAGGAUCCAAGUUAUAGUGAAAACGCCUUCGUGGUAGAAGCUAUAUCAAAAAUCCUUAUACCAAUUUUGGGUAAUUGCGAAGCUACGCUUGCGCGUAUAUGGGGAGAGCACAUGAGCGAAUCGUCACGACUUCGGAAGGUGCAGAUGGGGGCAGCUGCAUCUCCGAACAAGCCCGACUUGUGUAUCCGCCUAACUUUUCUGGAUACUGAUGUGGAACUCGCUUUCUGUGAGUUCUCAUCAUUAGAAAUGGGACAGCCGAAGCAUCGUGACGAUUGGAGGAAGUCAGUCCGUUCAUGCAAAGAUGGGCAUGAUAUGCUCCGUGCUGUAUGCUUUGAAGGGAAAGCAACAGAUUGUAAUGAGGCGAGUAUAUUAAAAAAACUGUUAAAUAAUAUACCAAGUAUUGCGAUCUUGAACAAAAAGACACAUUUGACAAUUUCAGUUAUAGACACCUUUAAUGGUACCUUUUUUAAAGCGUAUGAAAUAUUAGAUAUGGACAUACCAUUAAAGCCAGUUGAAGAGCAUAAAGUAGAAGAUCUUCUGAAGAAGGCACUUCAACUGAGGAGGUUUUUUGACGCAGUUGUGCAUAAAGUGAAAGACGUAAUGACGAAAGGUACAUCUUUGCCCAUUGAUGAAGACGAAAGUGACAUACGGGCAAGGAUUGAAACCUUGAGCAUAACGUCAACAACCUUUAGUCCAUAA